GUUCAUUAGAACAGUUGUGGAUAUCCCAUUAUCCCGAGAGUAUUAUUUGAGUCUCGGAUUCUCUACACUAUUCUUAUAUUUCUGGUUCCGCUUCAAGCAAUGGCCACUGAAAGGAAUGCUAUCGAUUCUGAGUCUGCUUUUGCGCCAACUGUACCAGAUUCUGAUUCUACAACAAAGGAACAUGAUGAGUCUCCUGCCACAAAUCGUAUCGUUACUGUUAGUGCAUGUGCUAAUGGAUCUGAUGUAGUCUCUUCUCAGCCAAAUGACAAUGGUCAAGCACGUGCUACGGAUUUACUAAAGGGAAGUCACCGUGACAAAAACAUUUCAUAUGGCUAUUAUGAUUCGAAUUUGCGUGGAGAUGGAGCAAGAAGAAGCAAUUCUUGGUCUCAAACUUCGGUGUCGGCUACUAAGCCUCCAGGAAGUUUCAGUGGUGCUGGCAAACUUCCUCACAAUACACAAUCACAUGCACUCAGACCGCCAUUUAAGGGAAAACAAGCCGCAGGACACUUCUCCAAAUUUGCCAAUCAAAAGACAAGCUCCGUCCCAUAUAGUGGUUACAUUAAUAAUGGAAAUGCAAGUAGUGGUUUGUGGGAUCACAGAGAUAAUUAUAGGAAACCUGAGAGAAAUGGAGAAUCUGAGUCCUUGGUUGAAAUGAAAUGUGGUCCGAGAGCCCAUGCAAAGGCUCAUCCUCCUUCUGAGCCAUCAUCACUCAAGCAGAACAAUUCGUUUGCCCUGUCUCUUCGUAGAGAGAUGUAUAACCUCCCAGAUUUUCAGACCGACUAUGAGGAUGCCAAGCUUUUCGUAAUCAAGUCCUACAGCGAAGACGAUGUGCACAAGAGUAUCAAAUAUUCAGUGUGGUCAAGCACUUCCAACGGAAACAAGAAACUCGACGCAGCUUUCCGUGAUGCUGAAACAAAAACAUCAAAAGAUGGCAAAAAACGUCCAAUCUUUCUCUUCUUCUCGGUGAAUGCGAGUAGACAGUUUGUGGGAUUAGCUGAGAUGGUUGGAUACGUGGACUUCAACAAGGAUUUAGAUUUCUGGCAGGUUGAUAAGUGGAUGGGCUUUUUCCCUGUUGAAUGGCAUGUGGUUAAAGAUGUCCCUAACUGGGAACUAUGCCAUAUCAUGCUUGACAACAAUGAAGGCAAGCCAGUUACUCAUACGAGGGAUACUCACGAGAUCAAACUCAAAGAAGGUCUCCAAAUGCUUUCCAUAUUCAAAAAAUAUUCUGCGGUAACGUCUUUGUUAGACGACAUGGACUUUUACGAGGAACGAGAGAAGUCGCUUCGAGGGAAGAAGGAUCAUAAACCGGCCACUCUUCGCAUGGAUCCCUUCUACAAAGAGAAAGACUAUGAUUAUGAGUCGGAAGGCAACAGGAGAAUGAAUCAAGACAGAGGAUAUAAUUGGAGCAGCAGUAGCAGUAGCAAAACACAACCAUCUCUUGUCAAUCAAACCAAGAAUCUCUCCAUAAGAGGCUACUCUUCUUCCAAGAAGAACACUGGCAAUUCAACAUGAGACAUCUUCAAUCUUCAGUGCCUAUUUUCUUUAUUCAUAAUGAAUUGUUUUAACUAGCUUAGGAUCAGUAGGGUUUUUUCUUUGUUCGGGCGUUCAAUUUUUUUAUUUCCUCUUCAGAGUGUUGAAAGGCUACAGAUUCAUUUGCACCAUCCCAAUAAUAAAUUAAUAAGCUUUUAGACAUAAGUGAAGAGAAUUAGAG